AUGGAUUUAAGGUAUGAAUAUUAUUUACGCCGCCAAAAGACACCAUGGGGUCUUUAUUAUUUCCACAUCCACAUCCUUGACUUUACUGACACACAUAGGACUUUUAGAAAAUAUCGGAACUACUAUGAAUUUCUAACAGAGAUGCCUCGCUUCAAACAUUGUACUAUUUCAUUUCGAAGAAUGCGUGAUAUCAUACCUCAAAUUCGCAAAUGGUUCAAUCAGCAGAGUGCCAAGCGCUACCAGGAACUCAUAUUUUGUCAAGAGGAUUCUGGAGAUCUAAACCUACAGAAUAUCACAAUUUUGAUUGUCAAAGCUAUUAACGAUCAUGAAGACGACCCAGCUCCAAGUGAAAUUGAUGCGGAAGAACCAGAUUCGACAGAUGAAGAACUGAUAGAGGAAGAUGGUUUAUUGGAAGAAGAGACUGAAAGCCCCAGUAAUCGUCCCAUUACCUUGGAACUAUUUAGAGAUAACACCAUGUGGUUCAAUUACAACCCUCAAGCCCAUAGGGAAUCAAUGUGUACAAUCUAUCAAGAAGGCUACAAUUCUACUUCAAGGAUAUCUUCUCUGGCAUGUACGCACUUUUACCAUGAAGAUUGUAUCCAGCAAUGGUUAACAUCCCAUUAA